UAGAUACAUACACACACACAUAUAUAUCCUCCCACCAUAGUUACAAAUUAAUUAAAUUAGUGUGAAGUAAGGUGAGGCUUUCCGAAUUCCGAUUGUAUUUUUCCGGUGAAAAUGGUGGGUGGUGGUACAAAGCCUGCAUGGAUGGAAGGGCUAAUGGCGGAGACAUUCUUUGGCGGUUGCGGUGUUCACCAGCAUCGCCGGAAGAACGAGAAGAACAUCUUCUGCUUACUUUGUUGCCAAAGCUUCUGCCCUCACUGCCUCCCUUCUCAUCAAUCUCAUCCCUUUCUCCAGGUGAGAAGAUAUGUGUACCAAGAUGUGAUAAGGUUGAAUGACUUGGAGAAGUUGAUUGACUGCUCCUACAUUCAGCCUUAUACGAUAAACAGUGCCAAAGUGAUAUUCUUGAAUCAGAGGGCGCAAUCCCGGUCUUGCAAGGGUUCCGGCAAUUCUUGUUUCACUUGUGAUAGAAUACUGCAAGACCCCUUUAGCUUCUGUUCUCUUUCCUGCAAGGUUGAUUUCAUGGUCUACCAUGACCAGGAUUUAUCAAGCAUUCUCUUCAAGUUUGAUGAAUCAGAUUUCACCUUCUCCCAGUUCGAGGGGCUACGGAUGGACGGAUCGGAUUCACCAGACGACGAAGGCCAACACACUCCGUACUCCUCUCUAGAGGACCCGUUGGAGUACAAGAAUACUUCUUCCUCCAACACCGCCAUUGACAUUUCACGCGAUUCCGAGACCAAAAGGAACAAGAAAGGAAGUAGCGGUUUUCUCCCAGGUUUCAUGGUGUCCUUGAACAAUAGGAGAAAGGGUGCCCCUUCAAGGUCUCCCCUUUCUUGAAGAUCAAUUUGAAUGUAUUAUUAUUAGCUUCGAUCUGAUCUAUCUCUUAAUAAAAUUUCUAGCUUCAACUUAGGAUCGGUUGUAUUAUUAUGUGUUAAGAAGAAGAUAGGGUCUGCUGCUUAGCUUGUUAGCUAGCCAGCUUUAAUUUGGUCUAUAUGAUUGUAGCAAGCAUG